AUGUUAUUCACAAAUUUUCUGCCCAACGAUGCCGAUGAAGGCACGAUUGAUGACAUUGCCAUCCACUGGGGCCCAAACGGACUUACCCGCUUGGUCCAAAAUGCUGAGGCAUUUAAUCUACCUCAAGUCGAUUUGAAACAUGCUACAGAGCAUGUGGCUCACGCGUGUGCUAAGCGACUCGACCUCCGCCUUGGGUUAGAGCUCAGCGAUAUGGCAGUGCUGGGUGAAAGCGUUGUUUUGUCGGGCCACCGCAAUAACCGUGUUCACAGGCGCCCAUUGGUGAGCCUACUGGUGAGCCUACUAGUUACCACGACUAGAGGCCUCGAGAGCGUUCUUGAAAGCUGUGAGGUUGAAGAGCGCUGGUGA